AUUACCAUUGAUAACUGUGUGGAAGUGGAAAAGAUUGCUACAGACCUGCUUCUUGAAGACGUUCUGGUGAACAUAGGUAAGUUUGUGAGCCAGAACCUCACAGCGUUGGUUGAUUCUGGUCGCUACCAGCAGCUCUCAGAGACCAGCAUCGCCAAUGCUCUGGCCAGCAACUCGCUGAGCGGUUUUUCCGAGCUGGAGCUCUACCACAUUGCCAAAGGUUGGCUGGAGCACGACCCUCCCUCACGUCACUCCUCCGUUUACGCCUUGAUGCGCCACAUUCGUUUCCCACUUAUGAGCCCCAAUGAGCUGAUUCAGAUCUCCCAAGAUGAGGAGGAGGAAAGUGACUCCAUGAUGCGCUCUGAUACUGCCUGCGUGAACCUCCUGCUGGAGGCCAGUAACUACCAGAUGAUGCCUUACAUGCAGCCAGCCCUGCAAACCGAGAGGACGCAGAUUCGAUCAGACGCCACUCACAUCCUGGCGCUCGGAGGCGUGAUGAGACAACAACUGGUGGUGAGCCGGGAGCUAAGGCUUUAUGAUGAGAACACCGGCUACUGGAGGCCUCUGAAGCCCAUGGAUGUGCCUCGUUACCAACACGGGGUGGCUCUUCUUGGAGGCUUCCUCUUUAUUGUUGGAGGUCAGAGCACAUACGACACAAAGGGCAAGACGGCCAUAGACAGCGCCUAUCGCUAUGAUCCACGCUUUGACAAAUGGCUUCAGAUUGCCUCACUCAAUGAGAAAAGGACAUUUUUCCACCUCAGCGCUCUGAAAGGGAAACUGUUUGCAGUGGGAGGAAGAAACGCCUCAGGGGAAAUCGACACAGUGGAGUGCUACAACUUAAAGAAAAAUGAGUGGACCUUUGUAACCAACAUGGUGGAACCUCACUAUGGGCAUGCUGGAACAGUUCAUGGCGGUCUCAUGUACAUCUCAGGCGGCAUCACCCGUGACACCUUCCAGAAGGAGCUUUGGUGUUAUGACCCAGUCGCCGACUCGUGGAGUCGAAGGGCCGACAUGAUGGAGCUCCGUGGCCUGCACUGCAUGUGCACCGUGGGGGACAGGCUCUACGUGAUGGGCGGGAAUCACUUCAGAGGCAGCAGUGAUUACGACGACGUCCUGGGAUGCGAAUACUACAGCCCGGACACGGACCAGUGGACGGUGGUGGCCCCGAUGCCCCGGGGCCAGAGCGAUGUUGGCGUGACGGUUUUCAACGGGCAGAUCUAUGUGGUAGGGGGAUACUCCUGGAACAGCAGAUGCAUGGUGGACAUCGUCCAGCGGUAUGACCCAGAGCAGGACGUGUGGGACAGGGUAUUCAAUGUGCUGGAGCCCCUGGGGGGGAUCCGGGCCUGCACAAUGACUGUUCAUCUGCCGGAGGGGUUGGUGGAUGAGGCUGAGAUACAAGAUUGCCUGUUACCCACGGCUAAGAACUGCUAGCCACACGCACGGGGCUUUCCAGCUUACACCUUGCAAUUUGUGGGUUGUAACACAGGUUUCAUGUGCAAAAAAAGUCAGUUUAACACAAAUCUUUUAACCUGUCAUCAUUUCCUGUCCUUUUUAUAAGCUGUUAGCCAUGUAGCAUCCUUCAUUCUCUGCUGCCUGUGUUAUUUCUAAGGUUUGCAAUAAAAGAUCAAACCAG